AGGCAGGAGUAGGCCGGUGUGGAGAAAGAUGUGACCAACAUGUGACCGAGGAGCAGGACCUCGAGCGCGGGAUGUCCGCACUAUGAUUACUGUCACUUCAUCUUGGAUACUCCUUCUGUUCCUAGCUGCCUCUGAGUACACAAUGUGCCUUUGUGGUGAGAUCAUAGUACCUCACGAGUACACCGCUCUGUCCGGAGAUCUACAGGUAGACGUACUCGGGGUCACCACGUCCUCGUGUGUCCAGCUGCUCGAGAGGAGCCUGUACCCGCCAGAGGAUGAGACAGAGUACUCGGUACUAGGAUCUGCGGUGGUCCAGGGUUCGCGGGCCGGAGAUCCUUCCCUCGCACUCAGUGUGGUGUUCCCCUGCGGAGUCAUCGCCAGGGGUGGUCACUACGGCCUUAGACUCACCACACAACUUGUGGACCACCAGUGUAUCUCAGACCCCUCACCAUACAGCAGUUCCACUGUGUGGGACAAUGAGGCCACGGAGCAUCACCUUACAGUUACCACAGAACCUGCGGAAGACGAGAUUGUCCCUCUGGAUGUAAGAUGGCCGGGAGUGACGCUCGACAUAGAGCCUAAGACAAUACAGACAUACCCCGAAGUGCCAGUUGUAGCACAGAUACGGUUCCAAAGCACUCACUGCCAACCUGCUAUAGGCUCUCUGGUACCGGAGACUUGGCUGGACCUCGUCUAUUGUGGACAUUCUCCUGCCAACUGUGUCAACUCUACACUCAAACAGCUUUUGUACUCUGAACAAAUACGGGGGUAUCCAAGCCUGCGAGAAAUCACGCUUCCCUGCAACUCCUUCGGGCUGGCCGGUCACUACGCUCUAGCUCUACGGUCAACAAUGAUGACAAUGGGUCCUCUCAUCGCCUUCACUUCGCCAGAGAAUACAGUUAAGGCUGUUUGGAGCGACAAGUUCGUGUUUAACGUGCACGCUAGGAGUAUCUUCCCGUGCGACGGUCACGCGGGUAUCAAUGUGCUCUUCCAGUACCCGGGGUGUAUACUGGAGAGCGGAGACCGUGUCCGGGUGUUCGGGCGGCUGCGGGCAGAUGUGGCGGCCGUGGCUCCUCCCUCCACCCUCCAUUACUUGGCAGAGCACAAAGUGUCUCGCGGGCAGCACGCCCUCACUUUCGACUGCGACCUCUUCACCGAGCGCUACGUCGAGUAUUGCUUCGUCUACGUGAGCCAGGCCAUCAGCGGAGCCGUGAGUGAUGUGCGCAUGGACUGCGUGCCCACUCUCCCUGUUCAUGAGGCAGAGAGUGGAGGUUGGGGUUCAUGGACCUCCUGGACAAAGUGUACCACGACAUGCAGUGGGGGUACCAGGAACCGGUACCGUCUUUGUGAUUCUCCCCCACCUCGGUAUGGUGCCAAGUUUUGUGAGGGUCACGCUCUAGAAACGGAAAGGUGUGGCGUGGCUGUAGGCUGGGACUGCACAUUCUACCAGGACUCAGGGGGUCUGGAUGUGCCGGCAGAGCGACCAGAAGUGAAGGCCGAGGUGGGACCAGGAUGUCGGUGUGGCUGUGUCGUCCACUUGGGUCUCGCCAAGCCGCGGAGACUUGUGGCAUCCUCUUCCCAAAGUUGUCCGGGAAGAACGUUUUGGCUUAUACAGGCUGACAGAAAUCAGGUCAUCCGCCUAUCACUGGAACAAUUUCGACUGCCUUGUAGCGCUCAGUGGCUGAAGAUCAGAGACGGAGAUGCUCUCUCGUCCACUCUCCUGGCUCAUCUGACGGGUGUCCUGACUCACCAUCCCGUUGUCAACUCUUCAUCCAACCUCCUCCUACUGGAGUUCUUCUCUGAUGAACUGGCUGCUGUGGGCGAGGAGUGCUGGGGAGGCUUCCUUGCUCACGUACAACAACUCGCGCGGACAGUGAACAGCUUGGCUCAUACCGAGGUAUCAAUGGUGCCGGCCAUCAGUCCCUUGGAGCGGCUGGCCCUGGUCCAUAUCGCCGUCAUUCUCCUGCUUAUCAUCGUGCUGCUGACCUCCACCUGUCUGGGAGCCCAGUAUAUGGCACGUUAUCGCAAGUACCAGUUAGCAGCUGCCAACGAGGACAUGGAGUCCCUCGCCAUCUCUUUAGGGGAAUCAGUUGGCAGCCUUGUACCGGCCCGUAGUCGAGCAACCUCCAGCACGACGUUGCUGUCCGAAGUCAUCUCCCUGCGGCGGUUUCGCCCCCACAGACACAUGCGUCUCGCUGACCACGACGCUGAAGAAGAUGAACACGAAUUCGACUCUGCUGAAUCAGUGAGGGACGAUGAAGUGAGAGAAGGGGAUGGUGACGCGAGGGUGGAGUUGUCAGAAUCUACCGCUGACGUGGAGGUGAGACCUACCUCACUGGAUGUACCUCAGCAGCGGGCACGCAACCAGCCCGACACUCCAAGGAUACACAAGCCAUAUAACAAAUACAAGUCACCCGUGAGUCCAGUGGAAGAGAAGCCAGAGUCACCAGAGGCAGUGGACACGGACAACACACAGCAGCAAUCCAGACGUUCCAGCAAUGGCGGCGGUGGGACUGUAGUCAGAUCUAGUGUCAGCUCCAGUGUGUCGUCAUCCUUGACUAAUGCAUUAUCAUCUCCAGCUUCCAGUCUACGCAGCAAUCCCAAGGAAACUAAAGACAAACGAAACCGUGAGCGUCUGCUAGCGGGUUCAGAGUUCAGUUUAGCGGGGGACCUGGAAAUGGAUUACUACGACUACAACGUGUCCAACGCCAGUACAGUGCCGGGAUCGUAUCUGGGCAUGGAUCCAGCUUUCUGUCUCUGGAUCCCUCCUUUUGCACCGGGUCGCUGGGAUGACGACGAGGACGAUCGUCUCCUGGGACUCUCGGAUGGAGAUGACACGGAGCUUCAUGACCUCUCCAAGCUGAGUGAGCGCACCGUCAAGGAAUACUUGGGAGACGAAGGGUUAGACGCCACUACCGAGUUCAGUGGGAGAGAGAAAGACGAAGGGUCUGGUGCUUCUACUCCAGUCAAUGUUGAUCAGGACAAAGACGCCAAAAGUGAAAAAAGCUACCACGAUUGUUACAGCCUGAAACAAUUUUCUCAGAACGCUCGACAGCAAGAGGUCUUGGAAGAGAUCCCGGUGAUAAUGGUGGAGAAGUUGGUACCCAACUCGCCCGUUAAAGUUCACAGAGCGUACAGAGUGAAGGAGAAAGAGACGGGACUAGAGAAAUCUCCAAGUGACGAAAGUGAGUACUACGAUCUACUGGACAACGAGGAAGAAGACGACAUUAAGUUUGCUGAUGAUGAUGACGAGGAAGAUGUUGUCAAGAAAGGGGCGUUGGAUUUGGCGGUACCACAAAUAAAGAGCAACAGAAGCUCCUAUUAUGACGUAUAGUAUAACUCUUAGAAAAUGAGACUUUUUGUCAAAGUCAAUAUUGCAAAGAUAGAAUUAUUUUUAUCAAUUAGGUAUUGUUUAUAUUGUGUAAAUUUAUGUAAAAAUAGAAAUGUACCCCACAAAUAACAUAUUGUAUUAGCUGAGUUUAGGUUGUUGAAUAGAAACCUUCAACUAACAUUUCUAAGGUCUGCUUUGGUUAAGAUAUAAACAUAUUAUUAUUGUAUGUAAAAUGUUUGAUAUUUAUUAUUUAAUUCAAAGACCAAACAUUCAGUGCAUCUGACUGCAUAUUCUACUUUGUGUUAUCAAAUUAUAAUUUAAUAAUAACACAGUUAAAAUGAUUAGACAUUAAUACAGAGGAAAGGAAGUAAAAAUUAAUUUGACAUGAUCAUCACUGAAUAUAAUACAUAAAUCUUUGUGAAUUAUCAUUGUAUAUCCCUAAAUUAUAAAUCACACAACUCAGUACUUAUAAACCUUUUGUUUAAAGCCUUUAAGCCUCAUCUUUAACAUAAUGUAUUGGUAGCAUAUGAAUAAUAUUUCUGUGAAUAAAAAAACUAAAAAGGAGAACUCAGUGUAAAUGAUGCGUUAUAUAAAAUAGGAUCUAUUUUGUUUAGUUUGUUCUUAAAUCACGUUGACAUAAAUUAAUUAAUAUAAAUUAGUUUAUUGCUUCAAAGAAAAAUUAAAACUCAGUUCACACAAUGCCAUGUGUAUAACAAGAUGAGGUCUUAACACUUUUGAAGUUUAAUAUUCGGAAUUUUUCACACUGAGGGCCAAAAUGUACUGCAAUCAUAUAUUUCGUCAUAUCAUUAAUUCAUUUUACGCAAUCACAUGUGCUUGUUUAUACCAAUGAUGAACGAUCACAUAUGUACUAUAUUAGUCUCUUCUCUAGUAUCUCAAAAGUAUGCCCAAUAAUAUACUUUCUUAGGAUUGUUUAGUUGUUAUUCUAGUUAAGUUUGUGGUCCAUCAAAGUACUUCAUUGACUGUGAAUAGACUGCCUUUCGAGUCCUAGUCAUGUAUGAGUGCAAUGUUAGUGUAAGUUUGACUGAACCUUGACUGAUUGUUUCUUGGUUUGCUAAUAGAAUUAUUGCUAGUUGCUAAAUAUUCGCUAAUUGUUUAAAGUUAGUGAAUUACGAUCUCAGUUACCAUUAUAGUUGUUUAGAUCUGUUCGCUUUCAAAUCACUUAUUAUUCAUUGUACAAAAUAUCCCAGAGAUUAUUUAUACUCAGUUGAAAUUCUAAUAAUUCGAAUUCAAAACACAGGAAAUGGGAAGAAUUAUUUAAUAGAAGCGUAUAAAGGGCAUUAUCAAAGUUUUUAUUUGAAAAUGUGUUAUUGUUAAAACACAAUAUAUAUCAGUUCAUAUAUUGAAUAGAUAAAAAUAGUUCAUUUCUUUUUACAAGGAAACAAUUGUAUUGCAAAUGUGAAUAUGCCUAAUACAGUUUUUUUUUCAACUGAAUCAUUAAAACUAACCCAAUUGGACGGUGGGUUUGUCAUAUCACAGACUAAUACCUUGGUAGGUUGUGAUCCGUCAUAUCUUAAACAAGAGGUAACGCUACUAUCACUCCUAGGGCUAACUCAGUGUUAUCACCUUCUGACUGUAAGUAUUACUAUACAAAAGAAAGUGUUGUAUACUAAAUUGUUUAUAUUAAAGAAAUAAAUAUUUAUAAAUAUU